GCCCGGAAGUGACGUCAUGCAGAAGCGGGCAGGUCUUUCGGUGCUCUUCCCCCUACCGUGCUCUUCCUCCCUAGUCCCUUCCCUCCUUUCCCCCUUUACUCCUCGCUCUCGGGGUUCUGCGGCCUCGGGGGUCGCGGAGGAGAUGGAGUAAGCGUUCGGUGGCGGCCAGGAGCGCGGCCCGAGCAGUCACAGCCCGGAGGCAUUGAGGGAGCCGGCGGGGGACGGGCCCCAGCACCGCCCCUCCAGGUAGCCGGCUGCGAGGUGACUUGAAGUAUCACGUGCUGCAGCCAUGGAGUCCAUGCUCAAUAAGCUGAAGAGUACUGUGACAAAAGUGACGGCUGAUGUCACCAGUGCUGUGAUGGGAAAUCCUGUCACCAGAGAGUUUGAUGUUGGUCGACACAUUGCCAGUGGUGGCAAUGGGCUGGCAUGGAAGAUUUUUAAUGGCACAAAGAAGUCAACAAAACAGGAAGUGGCUGUUUUUGUCUUUGAUAAAAAGCUGAUUGACAAAUAUCAAAAGUUUGAAAAGGAUCAAAUCAUCGAUUCUUUAAAACGUGGCGUCCAACAGCUAACCCGGCUCCGACACCCGCGGCUUCUCACUGUGCAGCACCCUUUAGAAGAGUCAAGGGAUUGCUUGGCAUUUUGUACAGAACCAGUUUUUGCCAGUUUAGCCAAUGUUCUUGGUAACUGGGAAAAUCUACCCUCUUCAGUAUCUCCAGACAUAAAGGAUUAUAAACUUUAUGAUGUAGAAACUAAGUAUGGUUUGCUUCAGGUUUCUGAAGGAUUGUCAUUUUUGCAUAGCAGUGUAAAAAUGGUUCAUGGAAAUGUUACUCCUGAAAAUAUAAUUUUGAAUAAAAGCGGAGCCUGGAAAAUAAUGGGUUUUGACUUUUGUGUAUCAUCGAGCAAUCCUGCUGAACAAGAGCCUAAGUUUCCUUGUAAGGAGUGGGACCCAAAUUUACCAUCAUUGUGUCUCCCGAAUCCUGAAUACUUGGCUCCGGAAUACAUCCUGUCUGUGAGCUGUGAGACAGCCAGUGACAUGUACUCCCUGGGCGCUGUUAUGUAUGCUGUGUUUAAUAAAGGGAGGCCUAUAUUUGAAGUCAACAAGCAGGACAUUUACAAGAGUUUCAGUAGACAACUGGAUCAGUUGAGCCGUCUGGGAUCUAGUUCACUUACAAGUAUACCUGAGGAAGUUCGUGAACACGUAAAACUGUUGUUAAAUGUCACUCCAACUGUAAGGCCCGAUGCAGAUCAAAUGACAAAAAUUCCCUUCUUUGAUGAUGUUGGUGCAGUAACACUUCAAUAUUUUGAUACUUUAUUCCAAAGAGAUAAUCUCCAGAAAUCACAGUUCUUCAAAGGAUUGCCAAAGGUUCUACCACAGCUGCCCAAGCGUGUCAUUGUGCAGAGAAUUUUGCCCUGUUUGACCUCAGAAUUUGUAAACCCUGACAUGGUACCUUUUGUUUUACCUAAUGUUUUGCUGAUUGCUGAGGAAUGCACCAAAGAAGAAUACAUCAAAUUAAUUCUACCUGAACUUGGUCCUGUGUUUAAACAGCAGGAGCCAAUCCAGGCUAGCAACAUGAUUUUGUUAAUUUUUCUACAAAAAAUGGAUUUGCUGCUCACCAAGACCCCUCCUGAUGAGAUAAAGAACAGUGUCCUGCCGAUGGUCUACAGAGCCCUAGAGGCUCCCUCCAUUCAGAUCCAGGAGCUCUGUCUAAACAUCAUUCCAACUUUUGCAAAUCUUAUAGACUACCCGUCCAUGAAAAACGCUUUGAUUCCAAGAAUUAAAAAUGCCUGUUUACAAACGUCUUCCCUUGCUGUUCGUGUGAAUUCAUUAGUGUGUUUAGGAAAGAUCCUGGAGUACUUGGAUAAGUGGUUUGUACUUGAUGAUAUCCUACCCUUCUUACAGCAGAUUCCCUCCAAGGAACCUGCAGUCCUCAUGGGGAUUUUAGGUAUUUAUAAAUGUACUUUUACUCAUAAGAAGUUGGGAAUCACCAAAGAGCAGCUGGCUGGAAAAGUACUGCCUCAUCUCAUCCCCCUGAGCAUUGAAAACAACCUCAACCUCAAUCAGUUCAGCUCUUUCAUUGCCGUCAUAAAGGAGAUGCUGAGCAGACUGGAGUCUGAGCACAGGACUAAGCUGGAGCAGCUUCACAUAAUGCAGGAGCAGCAGAGGUCUUUGGACAUAGGGAAUCAAAUGAAUGCUUCUGAGGAGACAAAAGUUACACAUCCUGGAAGUCAGCAGAUUGAUAAGGUCUUUAACAACAUUGGAGCAGACCUGCUAAGUGGUGGUGAAUCAGAAAAUAGAGAAGAUGGGCUGCAUUGUAAACAGAAAAGAGGAUCUCUAACACUUGAAGAAAAACAGAAAUUAGCGAAAGAACAGGAGCAGGCACAGAAGCUGAAAAGCCAGCAGCCUCUUAAGCCCCAAGUCCACACUCCCAUCGCUCCUGUCAAACAGACUAAGGACUUGACAGACACAUUGAUGGAAAACAUGUCAUCCUUGACCAGCCUUUCUGUCAGCACCCCUAAGAUUUCUGCUUCAAGUACCUUCACCUCAGUUCCUUCCACGGGCCUCAGCAUGAUGUUUUCAACACCCAUUGACAAUACAAAGAGAAAUUUGACAAAUGGCCUAAAUGCCAACGUGGGCUUUCAGACUUCAGGGUUCAACAUGCCAGUCAAUCCAAACCAGAACUUCUUCAGUGGUACGAGUACAGCUGGCGUGACCACCAUGACUUUGGGAGCACCUCCCACUAUGUCAAACUUCAGUCCUCUGAGUAUUCCUCCUGCUGGCGUGAAGCAGACUCAGCAGAGACCAACCGACAUGUCUGCCCUUAAUAAUCUCUUUGGCCCUCAGAAACCCAAAGUUAGCAUGAACCAGCUCUCCCAACAGAAACCAAAUCAGUGGCUGAACCAGUUUGCACCUCCUCAAGCUUCUCCGGUCAUGGGCGGUGCAGCCAUGGGCACACAGAUGAGUGUGAUGGGACAGGCUGCCUUUGGUAUGCAGGGCAACCCUUUCUUCAACCCACAGAACUUCGCACAGCCACCACCAACUACUAUGACCAGUAGCAGUUCAGCUAGCAAUGAUUUGAAAGAUCUUUUCGGGUGAGUUGUCUGUGCUGCUUUUUGGAGGGUCACUGCAGUUUCAAUCAUGGGAAAGCUGAUUUUCAUCAGUGUGUAGCUGGCUUGAAGAAACUGCUUCUGUGGGAGAUGGAUUGUUUCUGUGACAGAAAACACCUGCUUCCAUGCCAGCCAGCAUAGGAGUUGUGUGGAUUCUAACAAGUUGAAUUUUUUAAAGCAUGGAGGAUUUUCUCCCUAUUACAAACUUCUCUUCAGGUUUUUUAAAGAUCCAGUCCUUAUUAGUCUCAAAGUGCAAAAGGACAACCGGAAUUAUACUGAAUAGCAGUUUUUAAAUCAGAUGUUUUAUUUUGGCUUGUAAAUCUUCUUAUUAAAAACCUUGAGUUGAUGGUAACUGGAAGUCCAUCUGGUAACUACCUUCAUAUUCAUUUGUCUUCAUUGAAAGGGAAGAAUCUUAAUGCUGUGCUAAUUUGUGUGCAUUUGUAAGACAGCAGGCAGUAACACAGAAAGGAUUGCUUUUCCAGUCUUAAUUUUCAAAGAAACGUAUGCUUAGUAAAGCACAGCAAAAAUGCUGCAAAAUUAACUUACAUUAAUUUCAUUGGUUUAAAAAAAUUACCAUUUCAAAUGCAAAGUAAUCAUUGUAAGUUAUAUUUUAGCAUGAUCUGCCUCAAAUAGCAAUGUAUUUUUUGCCUUUACUUGAAUAUAUUUAGGCUCAUUUUCUCUGUUGUAUCACAGAAGAGCUAUGUACUGAUUUGUACAGAAGACAGAGCACUCUGACACGAUAUUCUCAACUACUGCCUUCCUACUUGAUUUUCAAUUCAAACUUCUGAGGUUGCAGCAUAUAUGAAUUACAUUUUCAAAAGGAGAUUUGUAAAAAAAUAAUUACACUAUAUUUAAUGAGUAAACUUUUGAGAUUUCUGCCAUA